AUGGGGGCCCGAGCGCUGCUCGCCCUGCUAAUAGCCGUUGGGCUAAAAGCAGGGCUUGCCGAGGUCAACCCGACGAUGGUCCCACCCGGCACCUCGUCACUAACUUUCGUCUUUGACAUUACUGGCUCUAUGUUCGACGACCUGGAACAAGUGCGACAAGGCGCCAAGAAAAUUUACGAGACCGUGCUGACCCAGCGGCAACGGCUCAUCUACAACUACGUCCUUGUCCCUUUCCACGAUCCAGAUUUGGGCGAGAUCAUCGACACGACAGAUGCGCUAUAUUUCCAGCGACAGUUGGGAAAGGUGCAUGUGUAUGGUGGUGGUGAUUGUCCGGAAAUGACGUUGACAGGAAUCAAAAAGGCGUUGGAAAUCUCCUUGCCUUCGUCCUUCAUCUACGUCUUCACCGAUGCCCGCUCAAAAGAUCACCAUUUGGAACCGCAAGUCCUUAACCUCAUCCAGGAAAAGCAAAGCUCGGUGGUUUUUGUAAUGACUGGUGAUUGUGGCAACCGGACCCAUCCAGGCUUCAGGACCUACGAAAAAAUUGCUGCCGCUUCUUUUGGACAGGUCUUCCACUUGCAAAAAAGCGAUGUCAGCACCGUCUUGGAAUACGUCCGCCACUCCGUGCAGCAGAAGAAGGUCCAUCUAUCCUACGAAAUGCGUGAUCGUGGCGGCACGACAGUUCGCAAAAUCCCUGUAGACCAGCACAUGACCGAAUUGACCCUUUCCCUAUCCGGAGACAAAGACGAUGAGGAUUUUUUGGAGAUCCAGAUCCGGAAUCCAUUGGGACAACUGAUUGAUAAAUACACCUACUCGAAAGAAGGAGGAACCAUCGAUUUGAAGAACGUCAAGCUGAUCCGCCUGAAGAAGCCGAUGCCUGGAAAUUGGCAAAUUACGACCAACUCGAGACUUCGUCAUACGCUUCGGGUGUUUGGACAUGGUGCUAUCGACUUCAAAUAUGGAUUUGGGGCAAAGCCGUUGGAGACCAUUGACUUGGCUCGUCCAAGACCUGUGGAAGGCCAAACGACUUAUUUGAUGGUUAAUAUGACCGGAUUGUUGCCUCCGGGUACUCCGAUAGAUAUUUCGCUGAUUGAUUAUUACGGGCAUCCCCUUUACACUCAACCGGCAAACCCCUCAAAAACCAAUCCAAACCUGUACUUCGUCGGGCCCUUUGUUCCACCGAAAGGACUGUUUUUCGUGCAAGUCAAAGGCGUUGACGAUACGGACUAUGAAUUCCAACGAAUCGCGCCUACAGCUAUUGGAUCGGUUAGUGUGGGUGGCCCGAGAGCUUACAUGGCCCAAAUCACGACCGGCUACAUCAACAAGCCAGUCAAUUUGACUUGCACCGUCGAAAGUUCCACGCCCUAUUCGUUGCGGUGGAGACACGGCGACGAAUACUUGGGACCACCACUAUUCUAUUCAGAGUCCGACACAUCGGUCUGGAGAAUCCGGGAAGUUACCCAAAAAGAACGCGGAGAUUAUUCAUGUGAAGUCAGCUCUCCGCAUGGAAAUCAUACGGCAAGAACGUAUUUGGAGACAAGAGAACCUCCACCCCACAUCGCUAGCAUGUCAAAUGUGACUACAAGCAUGAACCAGCCAGCUUUCUUCCAUUGCCGUACGCAAUCCGUCACUCCGGCCGAAAUCCGGUGGUACAGAUACGGGCAACCAAUCGGCAGAAACACCAAUACGAUGGUAUACCCCAACGGUACCCUCGUGAUUUGGCGGCCCGCGAAAACUGAUGUUGGAACCUACGAAUGUCGUGCCAGGAAUGGAGGUGGAACGAGCAUCGAAAAGACGUUUCUGAAUGUCUACGAGACCCCGAAUGUGCAAACUAGCCCGCAACGUCUCUACUUUGCCCUCCAAAAGCCAUUCAACAUUUCUUGCCGGGCCAGCGGUGAUCCUCCACUCCAAGUCAUUUGGGCGAAAAAUGGCAGAAAGAUCGACAAUGACUACAAUCGAUACAUUGGAAUCAAUAAUGAUCUACUGGUGCGUAGUGCAACAACAGCCGACGCUGGAACCUACGAGUGCAGGGCUCAAAACCCCGCCGGGUCUGCGAUCGGCUACGUUGACCUGCGCGUUUCGAAAGAACUGGUUACUCAAGGCGAUUAUGUGGAUUUGACGUGUACGGUUUACGACGGCACGCCAGCACCUACAAUCACCUGGUUCUUCGGCUACAAUCAGCUUUACGGACAGAAACCCGAAAAGAUGGAAUUUGCUGGGACGACUUUAAGGAUCAAGCAAGUACAACCAGAAGAUGCCGGGCAAUAUCAGUGCGUCGCUGAGAAUAUGGCGGGCCGUGCUGCGGCUCAAGCUACUGUGAAAGUUGGAUCACCACCUUCGAUUAUUCCAUCAGCUGAAGUGGUUAGAGUGAAUAUCGAAAAACAGGUCACUCUUCCCUGUCGUGUCCUUGGUCAUCCAAAGCCAAAAAUUACCUGGAGUGUGGAUGCCCACGAUGAUGCCGUAUUUACCUGUAGCGCCACCAAUGAUUAUGGCACGGUUCGUCGUGAUACACAAGUGUUGGUCUUGGGAUUAGUCGCUCCCGUCUUGGGCCAUGUCCCGCCAGAAGAACAAAUUGUCGAAGGGCAUGACUUCCGUCUCAGCUGUAUCAUCGUGCUUGGAACGCCUAGACCUGAUAUUCAAUGGUUCAAGAAUGGCCAAGCACUUUUUCCGACAGAAAAGAUGAUCGUUGAGGGCGGUGGCACCGGACUUUUGAUCCGAGACGCAUCCGCCGCUGAUGAGGGCAACUAUCGUUGUGAAGCCAAGAAUCAGGCCGGCACAGCUAACAUCAAUGUAGCUGUCAAUCUGAUAAAAAAGCCGAGGGUUCGUCUCCCUGAUGCCAGUACAGAUGAUGAGGGGUCGGAAUUGCUUGAAGCACCACCACUUCAUAUUCGGGAGGGAGAUAUGGUUGAUUUGCCAUGUCAUAUUGAUGGAAAGCCCACACCAAUUAUUACAUGGAGUUUGGAUGGAAGACCGAUCACCUCGAAUACCGCGGAAUACCAGAUUUUGCCCAACAACACACUUCGAGUUCACAAAACCGAUCGAGCCACAUCUGGUAGAUUUGUCUGCUCCGCUGUGAAUACUGCUGGACAAGCGAAACAAGUCACACAACUGAACGUCGUUGCCCCACCAACCAUCAUGCCCGGACAGACGUCUUACAAUUUCGUCGAAGGCUACACUCUUGAAAUUCCAUGCCGAGUUUCUGGCGAGCCGACGCCGGAAAUCAAAUGGUAUAUGAAUGACGAGCUUGUCACGGACGCUUGGGUCGAUGAGGAUGGCACUUUGCAUAUCGAUGACGCAAAUGAUAUCAAGGGAAAACUGAGGUGCGAGGCAACAAACUCCCUGGGUACGGAACAUUUGGAUGUGGACGUGAUGGUUCAUCUGAUGCCAAAAAUCCUUGGAUCUGACCGCCACCAUUUCUUUGAGGCCAAGCUGAACCAUUCGAUCAACCUACCAUGCCCUGCCGACACGAAUCCACCACCGAAUCGUGUUUGGGAAUUUGACGGGGAACGAAUUUUGGAUGGUGAUGAUUUCUUCGGAUCGUCUGUUCAAAUCAACACUGAUGGUUCCCUCUUUAUCGGCCAUGUAUCCCCCGAGCACGUCGGAAGGUUUACCUGCCAUGUUAGCAACCUUGCUGGCGAUGACAAACUGGAGUACGAUCUGAAGGUUACUUCGCCUCCAAAGAUCGUUUCUGAUACACCUGGUGUUUUGGAUGUUAUCCAGGGUCUAACGCUAGAAAUUCCCUGCCAAGCCCAAGGAAAACCACAGCCAACGAUCACCUGGGACAAAGACGGCUUCCAAGUCAUUCCAAAUGAUAUCGUAAUCGUCGAUCGUUCCGGAACCCUCCGCAUCCACAACACCAAGUACGAGCAUCGCGGUGACUACACCUGCACAGCCUCUAAUUCCGCCGGCAAUGAUCAGCGAAAAACUCACGUCAUUGUGCAAGAGGCCCCAAUCAUCCACAAUCAAACCCUCACCGGCUAUACAGCCGUUUCCGGCGAUAAAGUGGAGCUACGCUGUCUCGUUGGCGGAAGUCCGACUCCAAUCAUUACUUGGCACAAGAAGGGGGUACAGAUCCAGGACACUCCCGGAACAUAUGUUACUCCAGAUGGUAUCCUGGUACUUGAAAAUGCCGAAAAGGGAGAUGAUGCUUACUAUACGUGCAAAGCUACAAAUGCGGCUGGUGUGGCAGAGAAGGUUAUUCGAUUGGAAGUGAUUGCCCCUCCUGAGAUCCCUGACCAGGAUACUGUAACUACGGAAGUGGUACGGAUCGAUAAUCCGUUUUCCCUGUAUUGUCCUGUAUUCGCUACACCGUUGCCGACAAUAUCUUGGGAGCUGAAUGAUUUAUCGCUGGAGCAAGCUGAUCCGAAUAUACAAUUUUCGGACGAUAAGAGGAGGCUUCAUGUUGAAAAGGCUCGAAUCACCGAUGCUGGCGUCUAUAAAUGCAUCGCCAGAAAUGUGGCCGGAGAAAGCAGCAAAUCCUUCGAUGUGGAAGUUAUUGUCCCCAUCAACAUUGACGAAAGCGUGUGGAAAAGAAAGGAGACGGUAUUGGAAGGAGGAAGAAUCGAGCUGGGAUGCCCCGUCACAGGUCUACCAAAACCCACGAUAAACUGGAUCGUGAAUGGGCGUAUCUUUGGAAAGGAAGACCCAAUUGAUCAUCGACAGCGCGACGGCGGAGCAUACCGGACAGUA